UGCAUCAUUGCUGUCCCAUCACCAUGUGACUGAUCUAUUUCUGUGGUAGUUCCUCUCUCUCUCUAUCUAUAUGUCGGUAGAACCCUAGUAAGCACAAUGCUUAACAGAUUCUAACAGUAGCAGCUCCACAUGGUCUGUGCUGGUGUUUGUUUCUUGUGCUGAGAUUUGGGGUUGUACUCAGAAUCUAGAAUGGUGGUUUGGCCUAAGUGUUAGAGAUGACUGGAGAGUGUUCUUCUUGCCGGGAAUUCGUAAUGAAAGCAGCUUCCACUAAUGGGUCUUCGUUUUUCUUGCUCUUCUUCUUCUUCGCCGUAUUGGUUAGCUCGAUAUCAGCUUCGUCUCCAAGUGGGUCGUCGGGGCAUUCCAUAAAGUUCAUCCUAGGAGAAGAAAAUUUGGGUCCAUGGAAGAACGAAAUCGAGCAAGCGGCUCUUGCCCCAGGCCCUGAAACUGAUUCGCGUCACGGAACUCUUGUAUUGGCGGCAAACCGGACCAAAAGACCCGAUAUUCUAAGGCGUUUUCGACAGUACCGAGGUGGUUGGGACAUCACAAAUCAGCAUUAUUGGGCCUCGGUUGGAUUCACUGGUGCUGCUGGUUUCAUUCUUGCUGUCCUAUGGUUUAUUUCUUUUGGUUUGGCGCUUGUAACUCAUCUGUGCUGCGGAUGGGGGAUCAACAUCAACGCCGAAGGAUCAAAUCAUUCACGAAGAAUAUGUCUUAUAUUGCUCAUAGUAUUUACAUGUGCUGCAGCGACUGGAUGUAUCUUACUUUCUGUAGGGCAGAAUAAGUUUCAUGGUGAGGCAUUGCAUACCCUCCACUAUGUUGUGAAUCAGUCAGACUACACCGUGCAAACUUUGAGAAAUGUGACUCAAUAUCUUUCUCUUGCCAAGACUAUCAAUGUUACCCAGAUCAUUCUUCCAUCCAAUGUCAUGGAGGAUAUUGACAGUUUAAAUACAGACUUAAAUACUGCAGCAGAUACACUAUCUGAGAAGACAAAUGAAAAUUCUGUUAGAAUAAGAAGAGUAUUCAGUGCUGUGCACUCGGCUUUGAUUGUCGUGGCUGCGGUUAUGCUUCUUUUGGCACUGAUUGGAUUAUUUUUAUCUAUCCUUGGACAUCAACAUGCGAUCCUCAUAUUUGUUAUCAGUGGAUGGUUACUGGUUGCGAUUACUUUCAUUCUCUGUGGAGUUUUCAUAAUCCUUGAUAAUGCAAUUUCUGAUACCUGUUUGGCUAUGGGAGAAUGGGUGGAGAAUCCACAUGCAGAAUCUGCUCUUAGCAACAUCCUUCCAUGUGUUGAUCAGAGAACCACCAACAAGACACUUUUUCAGAGUAAACAGGUGGUCACCGAUAUUGUAAAUGUUGUUAAUCAGUUCAUCUAUAACAGAGCAAAUGCGAAUCCGAGACCAGGCAAUCCAAAUUAUUACAAUCAGUCAGGACCUGCAAUGCCACCCCUGUGCUAUCCUUUUGAUUCUCAGUUUCAAGAGCGUCAGUGUACAGGUCAAGAAGUUUCCUCAACAAAUGCUUCACUGGUCUGGAAUAAAUUUGAAUGCGAGGUAUCUAAACAAGGAUACUGCACAACAACCGGCAGGGUGACCCCAGAGAUUUACUCUCAGCUGGUGGCUGCAGUUAACGAAAGCUAUGCGUUAGAGCACUAUGCUCCGCCUCUACUCAGCCUUCAGAAUUGUGAUUUUGUGAGGGACACAUUCCAAGAGAUCACUUCAAGUUUCUGCCCGCCAUUGAAGCAUUAUCUGGAGAUCAUCAAUGCAGGGCUAGGUCUCAUUUCAGUCGGUGUGUUGAUGUGCCUGGUUCUCUGGAUACUCUAUGCAAACCGCCUCCAAAAGGAGGAAGUGUUUUUGAAGUUUUCCUUUCCGGAAAAACUGAAGAAUAGAUUCAGUAAGAACCGCAACAACUCAAAAUCAACUUCUUCCGCAGCUGUAUCAAGUGAAGUGUAGAUUGUACUAUAGAGAAAUUAUUCACGAAAAGUAUAUGAAUAGUGUUUUUCUUUCUCCACUAUUACGGCUAAAAUGAAACAAAGGUGGGGCGAAGCUCCAGCUUUGAAGUUGGAAGAUUACAGGCAAACUCUAGUGUAUUAUACAUAAAGCAAAAGCAAAUUUGAUUUGUUGAUAUAUAAUAUUUUGAAUCA